UUUUCAAAAAAAACCCUAAAAUCAAAAUUCCUCUCUCCCUCCCUCUCUCUUAAGAAGAAGAGAGGAGAAUACUUGUAAUCAUCUACUAUUAAGACUUGAGUUUGCUCCACCCUUUUUAGGAAACAACCAAUCCCUUAACAUUUAAGAAAACCGAAGCUGAAAGCUGCACCAAUUAUCCGUCCAUCACUCUUCCAAUCUCUUCUGUAUAGUAAUAUUGCUCAAUCAAACCAAACAAAAACACCACAACAAAAGAGAGAGAGAGAGAGAGAGUAGUCAAGGGCAACAGUAGUCCUCUCACAUGCUUGCUUGUACUCUCCCAUCAAUCUCUUCACUUCCCUCUUAACUCAACACAAAAAAUCUUCUUUUGCUUCACCAUUUCCAGCUCCCUUCCCCUCUCUAUCUCUCUCUCUUCUCUUUCUUCCUCCCUCUCUCCACCUCUUUUCAGAAAAUGGAAAUUCUGUAAUAUCAAUCAAUUGCCAGACCUUUUGUCUUGUUUUACCUCCCCUUCUUCAUCAGUGUGGUUUACUAAGUUUUCAUUAUUAUAAAACACUCUUUUUUUCCUUCAGAAGAAACCCUAGAACAACAGAUCAAGAGUACUUAAAACAAAACCUUUAGAAACCCUAAUUCCAUGGAUUCAAUCCAAGAUAUGGAUGGAAGUUCAAGCUCUCACCACCAUGAGAUCACCAUGGCAUCGAGCCAUAACCUAAUUAUCAACACAUCCACAACGAUGAACAGCAGUGCUGCUACUGCUAGUAGUACUACCACUGGUAAUCUGGUAGCGGCUGCUGGAAGCUCAUCUUCUCCUUCCUCGUUAUCAUCUCCUGGUUCCAGCAGCCGCUACGAGAACCAAAAGCGGCGUGACUGGAACACCUUCGGACAGUACCUCAAGAACCACCGCCCUCCGCUCUCUCUCUCCUGGUGCAGUGGGGCUCACGUUCUCGAAUUCCUCCGGUACCUUGACCAGUUUGGCAAGACCAAAGUCCACACCCCAAUCUGCCCCUUUUACGGCCAUCCAAACCCUCCAGCUCCCUGCCCCUGCCCGCUGCGCCAGGCGUGGGGAAGCCUCGACGCCCUCAUCGGUCGCCUCCGCGCCGCCUUCGAAGAAAACGGAGGCAAGCCUGAAGCCAACCCCUUUGGUGCUCGAGCCGUGAGGCUUUACCUUCGUGAGGUUCGUGAUUUGCAGUCCAAAGCAAGAGGCAUCAGCUACGAGAAGAAGAAGCGGAAGAGACCGCCUCUGCCUCAACAGCUGCCUCCACCGCCUCUGCCGCCGCCAGAUCAUCAUCACCAUUAUCCCAGUCAACAAUAAGGCAAAGCUAGCUGUUAUUAUUAUCAUCAACGGAAGUAAUGAGGGCCGGUAUUAUAUUUCUUUUUUCUUAAAUCUUUUAAGACUUAUGCGGUUUUUAAUUUUGGAUGUUGUCAAAUUAGGGUUUUAGUUAAUUUAUCAUAUGUGGUUGUUGGUAGCCACUACUGCUAUGCUAGCUAAAAAGACCUGUGUUUCAUGAAAUAAUUCUGGUCUUCUUAUCUGUGUAUCACUUUGAUUUCACUAAUUAGAUCUAUCAUCUCGGUGGGAAAUUAUUCUGA